CAACUCGGUACGCCAUGUUAAAUAUUUCAACACCAUUCGCUUGGAGAAUCCAAAGACAGAGUGGAAAUAUAGAACAAGACGUACAGAUUUGGCAAAAGCUUUAAUCGAAGUGAAAAUGAUACAACUUUUCUUCAAAUUUUCAUUUGUUCACUGUCUACUCUACUUCGAAAAAAGCAAGCGCCAUGAUGGAAAAUUCAGCUAUGUAACUAAACUACCAUGAUGCUUUGCGCAUUCCGCAAUUGGCUCAUUAAAAGGGCUGAAAUGCACCUUAAAAACCAUCAUUCAAAAGGCCGAACUGUGCCUUUAAAGGGAUGAUAUAAGAGAUCAUCAUGUGUACUGUAUUAGGGUGUAUUAAUACAAUACAAUUUGUACAGUAUUUACUCAGUAGCUUUUGAAUAAAUCCUAUGCUGGGCAGUGAGGCUAUAUAAUACAUGGGACAAUUUAAUAAUACAUGGACAAUUUAAUUUCUCACAAUGUAUAAUAUAUUGUUGCCAAGCAGUCCAGUGCACCCUACCCAUAAAUAGGGCCCCAAAUUGAGUGAGACCCUAACAAAUAUAAAAUUGAGCAUGCCCCUCAAAAUGUAUUGGGGUCGAUGUAAGAGCGUAAUUCCCACCGAGAACAAUUUGUCCUGGGCCCAGAGACUUCUCUCAGCAGCCCUGCCGCAAAAUAUGGCUCUGAAGUCCAAAUUGGGCAGAAUUACACUUGUGUUAAGUCGCAGUAUUUUUAUAAUUUCAGCGCAGCAAUUUUUUUCAAAUGCAGAGAUAUAAGCUGAAUAUGGUGCAUUCUGUUGAGUACAGAAGAAAAUUAAGAAAUUCUAGGAAGAACCUGAACGAUCAAUUACGCGAUUCAAAGUUAAAGGAGAAUUGGAGGUAAAAAAAAGAGUAGAUGCUGCAGUCAGCUUAGUUCGGAAUGAUUUCGAAAAGCAGAAACGUAUUGCCAUCAACUAUUAUAAUAUAAAGUGGACGCAAUGUAUGCUCAUUGUCAAUAAGACUACAUCUUUAAAGGUAAACAAGUACAUUAAUAUAUGGGGUUAGGGUUAAGGUUUUGUACAUUGACUAUUACCACUGAGUACUACAGUCUACAAUGUUGGUCCCCUUUCAACAAAAGAAUCUUAUUAACUUCUCUUGAAUUUGGCACCAACAUGGCCACCGUGCCAUUGUCUCCCUUGACCAUGUCAUCAUUGAUACACUCACCUGUUCCUUCAAAUAUGUGACAAUCUCAUCCAUCUUUUGAUACUUCAGCUGCGAAGAGAAGAUGCAAUUGACAAGAAGAGAUGCUUCAAUGAAGGUCUAGAUCUCUCCAAAUACAAGCAUGUGGCUGGUUGGCAAGACUAUUUGAAUACGAAGUUGAACAUUUCUUUUAACUGUUUUUUUUUAAUGUCAGUAUGAAGCUGAAGUGGUGUGAUUUGACAGGGCCUGAAAAACUGAAACUUUUUCGAAACAUAAAUGUUGACAAACUGUUACCAAACUCUGAGGAAUCUGCUAAAAUCCAAAAGUUAUGGAAGGACUUUUUUGAGAUAGCUGAGUUAAGUUCAUCUAACCAAAAUGAAAUUAAUGUAGGGGACUUCUCAAGGAAAACUAAACUAUGGCUUGACCUAUUCCUUUCCAUUUACCUUACAAAGCAUGUGUUAACCUUAUAUGCAUGGCUUGGUAUGGCAUGUUCCAGAAUUUCUUAGCUUAUAUGGGACAAUUUGUCCUUUUACACAACAAGGUUUGGAGAAAUUGAAUGACAGAACAACUAAAGACUAUUUUAGGUCCACAAAUCAAAGGGGAUUAAAUGCUUUGUUUCAGUUGGUCCUGAAACACAACCGAAUGGAGCAUUUGGAGGACAUUAGGAUCAAGACGGCAAGUUGUCCAGCAAAAAUGUAAUAACUGUUCACAAUCUAACCAUAACAUCAAGACAUGCACUGCUGAAUGCAAUAUAUGCCAAUACAAACCCUGUUGCUCUCCUGACCAUUUGAAAAAAAUAGAUGGACACAUAAAGGUUGCAUGCUAAAAUAGUUUGAUACUGGUGGUUUUUAGUAGUAAAAUAUGAGUAGCUGAUUUAUAAAGGGAAAUAAUUAUGGGGACAUCACAGUUAAAUUAAUAUAAUGAAUAUAUAAAAUUACAAAAUAAGACAAAGUGUACCAUAUAAGGCCAAGUAAAAGAAAUUAGUAGUUUCUCGUCCCCGCGCGCAUGCUUUUUUGCUGCCGCGUGAAUAUUUCUUUUAUUUUUAAUUAUUUUUCGGCCUUUCCGAAACUGUCGGACACCUUCGGUUACCGUUCGUUGAUGCUCGGAAUCUUGUUCGGAGAUGCUCAGCAUCUUUAGCGCCAAUGUUGUUUGGCGCCAUAUUUUUAUAUUUACCAUAAUAUUAAUCGAAGCGUUGCGUUCAUAUCAUUAUAUCAUACAGUAUAAAAAUGGUUUUCAUAUGUGCUUGCAUAAGGACGCCUAAUGGCACGUCCAAAAAAGUCCUUAAACAUUGGUACGCACGUUCUACUAAGGAUGGAGACCAGAGUUUGUCAGAUAUUUUCAACGAUUUUGCAAGUGGAGAAUUUGAUGGUACAGGAGUUGUAAUAGAUGAGAAAUAUCAAACGGUUCAAGUAAGUGACUGACUAUGUAGGCUACUAAAUCUCGUUGUUUUUAUAAACAUGAAUAUAGCACAACAUUCAAGUGCAUGUAUUUUAUAAAUAUAUAUUUAUAAAUAGAAAUAAAUAUAUAUUAGAAAUGACUUCAUUUUUUAAUACAUAAUGAAAAUAUUAACAUAUUUAAAAUAUUUUCCGCUUUUAAGUAUUUUAAUAUAUGCAUAUAGACAGAAUUUUAAUAUCGUCAAAAACGUGUCAAAAAUAUUAUCAUUUUAAUAUAAUAAUAAUAGUAUAUCAACAUUUAUAUCUCUUCAUAUUAAAUUAAUAUUAAAGGCAAAUAUAUUAAUUGUUUAUAAAAUUGUUUAAGGCAUGCAAAAGUAACCAGAAUGUGUUUCCAUAAUAUAAACACCUUAGUCAAUACCACCAAUUGGCUGUUGCAGGUUGAAGUCAGGAUAGGUCACAGCAAGAGUGACAAAAAGGUAAAUACCAGUCCACAAGAGCGCAUCUCAGAUGUUGUAUGCUUGGGUCAAUUCGUUGAAUUUGUUGUCACUGAACCAGCUUGUGCAAGAGAUGCAGAAGACAAGGUUCCACACACACAAAAUCCCUUCACUAUAAUGAUGGCCAUGCAACGCCAGCAGAAAUCAUUGCCACACAAGUAUGAAGUGAAAAAGCCUAAUCGCAAGUUGGACUUGAAGAACGACAUUUUAGGUUGGCUUGAGAUUAACGAGCUUGGGUGGACUGCAGAUGCUGUUACUGAUCAGGGAUGUAACUUCAUUAACACAUUGGCUGAUGUAUUGUGGGCUAUUGAUGGACAUGACAAGACCUUGCAAGACAGAGGGUGUGGGAUUCCAGAGAUGUUCAAGCACCUCCAAGGCUACAACAAACCAGAAAUAACCAAACACAGAAAACGUCAGUACAACAAUUUGAAUUAUAUUGAUGUAUUCGCCUAUUCACAGCGACUUUUUCAGAUGUGCAGUUGCAGCUACCUCAAAAGGGAUGCAUGGAAAGGUGUGUGUAAUUUUGGUCAUUCCAUGAUAUAUAAAUUAUUAAAUACAUAUACACAUGCAUCAUUAUUAAUAGACACUCAUUUAUUCAUAUUAAAUUUCCUCAUUUGCUUAUCACUAGGAGUGUACAAUGCUUUGCUUAGACUAGCUGAUAAUCUGAGGAAAUAUGCCAACUACCUGGAUGAACAAUUGGCAGCAACUGAAACGUCUCAAGCUAGGAAAAUUGCUCGCACAGAUGUUGAUGAAUGGCAGGUGUAUCAAGCAAUGAACAUUACACCUACAAAGAGAGCUAAAUAUCAAAGCCUGCACCAAGCACUCCAAAAUGCAGAUUCCUACGAAGCCAUUUUUAUUAACGACUUUGCUCCAGCCGAUAGGAGAAGGAGAUUUGAAUACAUGACUGGCCUGGUCUUCCCUAUCAAGUGUAUUAGAUACUCUUAUACAGCAUUGCACAACCAUCUCCAUUUCGUGUGGAAGCUAGAAGUAGCUGACAAUGAAAGUGUUCGACAGCAGAAAAACGAUCAGACCAAAGACAAAUUCAAAUUACAAUUUCCUGUCUACCAUAGUAGGGCUAUGAAGAGAGACUUCCUUUCUUGCUUUGGAAAAGUAACUGGAGUUAAGAGUGCAUUCCUUCGUAAAGCAUACCGCCGAUUAACUGGGGAUUCUGCGGCUGCACGGAACUUGUCCGAGAAGGAAGUUGACAGUCGGAUACAAGAGGUACUGGAUCACGAGGAUCCUGACAUCUUGUGGGACUUGAGAGUAAACAACACUGGACGAACGGAAGACUAUCCACUUUUCCUGCAGAAGUGCCAGGAUUAUAUAAAAGGCAAGGUAGAGACGGCAGUAGAUGAUAGACGACAUGAUAAUGUCACUGAGAAUGGGGAAAAUGUGGUUCAUCUGGCUAUGGCUAUGAAUGCUCGAGACUUGCAUGAACAGGUCAAGGAACAGUGCCCUGAAGGAACACCAAUACCAUCCAUUCAAUGGCUCCGGUUGCAGUUCUGGCCAAGUAAGGCAUGUGCAGCCAGCAAAAGACACACAGGACGACUGAAAGUCAAAAUGGUUGUUGCAGCACGCCAGUUUAGAAAGAGUCAUGUAGAUGUCCACUAUGCAUCAGCUGUAUUUAGAUACCAGAAAGAAUUUUGUGUGCAAUUCCAGGAUAUUGCAAGCCUUGUGUGCGAAGAUGACAAGCAUACCAUCAAAGUAGGGGAACCUGGCUUUCCAGUAGCUGCUGUGGAGCGGGGCAAGCGUGUCAUUGUCGGCUUGAACCAGUCUUUCUCUGACUCGCUUGAACAGCCCAAGAUCCUUCUGAGUUCUCAGUUUAAGAGAUGCCAACACAAGGGGAAAAACUUCCAAGUGUUUACUGCUGCCACUAAAGAGGGCAUCACAAAGACGGCUUCACAACUUCACAAGAUAGACCCAGGCUUCAAUUUAGAUGUGCUAAUAGAUACGUCCAAGCCUUGCAAGAUUUCAAAGAAGCUAAAAAAAUUCAUGCAUAGUCAUACUCGGAAAGGCCACUAUCAAUUUAGCAUAAAAAAGUGCAAAGAAGAGAAUUGUGCUUGCAGAAUUCCCAGAACCCAACCUGAUUUGUUUGACAAGCUCCACCACUUACCUUAUCCGAUUCCACAUAGAGAUCAUUACAAAUCAUUUCAGGUAUGCUCAAAUGAAAUUCCACCACUCACUGCAUGUACUACAAAAACUGAAAGAUGUGUAUUUUAUAAACGUUGUACUUGUGUAUUUUAGGAAUUGUAUAGAAAAGAUGAUGAUAGCAAUGAAGAGAAGCACGUACCGUCUAACCAGCUGAAAGCUGCUGCCCGUCAUCGGAUGCCUUUUUCACCAUCCUCCCAUAAGUCCAACAAUGCGAAGACUGUUAUUCAGGUAAAUUUGGACUAAUGUUAAACCUAUUUGCUGUCGUUAGAGUAGAGAACCAGUGUUCUAAAAUAUCAGUGCAAUUAACUUGUAUAAUCUAUUUAAAUUUGUUUUCUUUAUCCAGUGUGAUGACUGUUUGAAGUGGAGAGUGUGUUACGCAAGCCAUGUGCUAAAGAAGAAUCAGAAACGUGAGCUGGAAAGCGAGCUGGACAACAUCGCGUACUCUUGUGGAUCUUGCUUUCAAGAUAUCGAAGACUACCAGGGUGGAAUCUUUGAGCAUGUUUACGUGAAUGACAAGCUUACUUGUGCCUCACCUAUGGAAACUCCAUACUACGUCAUGUUUUCAGAUCCUUUAUGUUACUACUGUGGAAGCGAACAUGAUCUGACGUCAACUCCCGAAACGUACCCAAUAUGUUGUGGAUGUAAAGAACUGGGAAACAUUGUCAAGAACAGAAUUAAGCGUACCUUCGUUCCAAAAGAAAAGUAG